AAGAAGCUACGCGAGAGACCCCCGCCCCGCCCCCGUCACGUCCAAUCUCUUUGAUCCCAAAUUUUGGAGAGGCAGCUGCCGGCUGCUCCCUCCUCCCCUCAGAACAAACGCUAUAUUCAUCUGCUCCAGCUUGCAACCAAGUUAACUCCCUCAAGGAAUCUUACUUUUUCUCCGCACUCGAGCGACAGUAUUACCUUCGAAAUUCUUUUGACGUUAAAAAAGUAGCCUCUCCACUGAAAAUGAGGAGUAUCGUUUGUUGUACCUUGAGUCUGCUUUUUUUAACUGAAGUCCACGCACAAACUCAGCGAAGACCCGUAUUUACAUGUGGCGGAAAUAUAACUGGGGACUCUGGGGUCAUCGGUAGCCAGGGAUAUCCCGGGGUUUACCCUCCAAAUACAAAAUGUGUUUGGACAAUUACGGUCCCCGAAGGGAAGGUGGUUGUCCUCUCCUUCCGCUCCAUCGACUUGGAGAAUGACAACCUGUGCCGAUACGACUACGUGGACGUGUAUAACGGGCACGCCAACAGGCAGCGGCUGGGCCGCUUCUGCGGCACCUUCCGGCCGGGUGCCCUCGUCUCCACUGGCAACAAGAUGCUGGUGCAGAUGAUGUCCGAUGCCAACACUGCCGGAAGCGGCUUCCUGGCGGUUUACUCCGCCGCCCACCCGCACGAGCGAGGGGAUCAGUACUGCGGAGGUCGCUUAGACAAGCCGUCCGGAUCCUUCAAGACGCCAAAUUGGCCAGAGAAGGAUUACCCAGCAGGGGUCACGUGCUCCUGGCAUAUUGUGGCUCCUCGAAAUCAGAUUAUCGAGGUGAAGUUUGAGAAAUUUGACGUGGAGCGAGAUAACUACUGCCGCUAUGAUUAUGUGGCCUUUUUCAAUGGGGGAGAAAUAAACGACGCUAAACGAAUUGGGAAAUACUGUGGGGACAGUCCUCCAGAUCCAAUCUUCUCUGCUGGGAACCAGCUCCUAAUUCAGUUCCUGUCAGACCUGAGUCUGACUGCGGAUGGCUUCAUCGGCCACUACAAAUUCAGGCCCAAGAAAUUCCCCACUACAACCGUGCCCCCAACCACCACCACCCCGAUGCCCACAACCAGAGCCGCAACGUUGAAGUAUUCGGCUGCUCUGUGCCAGCAGAAAUGCAAGAGGAGUGGAACCCUUGAGAGCAAUUACUGUUCCAGCAACUUCGUGAUAACGGGCACGGUCAUCACCGCGGUGGCGCGGGGAGGCAGCAUGUACGCCACCAUCUCCAUCAUCAAUGUCUACAAGGAGGGGAACCUCGCCAUCCAGCAAGCAGGGAAGACCAUGAGCACCAAGAUCGUCAUCCUCUGCAAGAAGUGUCCUUUCAUCCGACGAGGUCUGAAUUACAUCAUCAUGGGACAGGCGGAUGAGGAGGGGCGCGGGAAGAUUGCCCCGCACCACUUUGUGAUGGCCUUCAAAGCCAAAAACCAGAAAAGCCUCAACGUGCUGAAGAGCAAGCGCUGCUGAGCUCGCUCUACAAUCCUCCCAGGCCCUCCUCCAUAAGCUACCGCCCAGCACAUCUCAGUGCUGCCCACAGUCUUCCUCAGGCAUGGUGCUUUGAGCAAGGGCAGGUCCAGGGUCAGAUACUGUAUGGCCCUGACACAAAUUGCACAGUACAACCUUGUCUGACCUUUUUGGCUGUCUGACCUUUUCUCUUUUCAGGAACAAACUCUGGGGGGGGCUCUGUCAGACAAUCCUUACUGUUCACCUGUUACUGUGGGCAGAGUUCAAACGUUUCAAACAUGGGCAGUUUGUCAGAAGGGAUAUGCUUAAGAAAUGCAUCAGUGCCAUCUCCUCUUCACUGCAGUCACAGCUUUUCAUCUUACAAACUACUUUUUGUCACAAUUUCCUGGCAAUGUUGAAUGAACAAAAUGUAGGGGAGUAUUGUUUGUGGUGAUGUAAUGUGCAAUAAGUUGACGUAUUGUUUCCUGGCAUAACAAUUAGUUAAAUCCCCUUUGAAAUUGUUUUUAUUGUGUUUGGAAGUAAAGCACUCCUUAUCUUUUACGUUCCUUUUAGCAUCAACAUUUUGAUGUUUGUAAUGUAAUUUGCUUUAAGAAACACAUAGCCAUUAUUUUCCUAUGAAACCUCAGUGAUAAAUGUUAAUUUAAAUUAAAAGAUUUUUGGACAGUUGAAAUAAAA